AUGUUAUCAAGAUCAAUAAUUAGAAAUUCAAGACAAAUUAUAAAAUCACAAUCAAAUAAUUUACUUAAAUCAUCAUCAAUUAUACUUCCACAAAUAUCUUCUUCACAACAACAACAAUUCCAACAACAACAACAAAUAAUACCCACCACAAUAAUUUCAAAAAGAUUAUAUCAUGAAAAAGUAAUAGAUCAUUAUGAAAAUCCAAGAAAUGUAGGAACAUUAAAUAAAAAUGAUGAAGAUGUAGGUACUGGAUUAGUAGGAGCACCAGCUUGUGGUGAUGUAAUGAGAUUACAAAUUAAAGUUGAUGAAAAAACUGGUUUAAUUGAAGAUGUUAAAUUUAAAACUUUUGGUUGUGGUUCUGCAAUAGCAAGUUCUUCUUAUGCUACUGAAUUAGUUAAAGGAAAAACUUUAGAUGAAGCAUUAGCUAUAAAGAAUACUUUUAUUGCUCAAGAAUUAAGUUUACCACCUGUUAAAUUACAUUGUUCAAUGUUGGCUGAAGAUGCUAUAAAAUCUGCUGUUAAAGAUUAUAGAUCUAAAAGAUUAAAUAAAUCACCAACUUUAGGUCCUGAUGCUGUUACUGCUAAUACUAAUGAAAGUUCUAAUGCUACUGCUACUGCUACUGCUACUACUGCUUAA